AUGGCAUCGAAUGUGAUCUCCGCGGCUGUCGAAAAGGUUCAAAACACCAUGGCAGGCGAAAAGGGAGCCAAGACGGCCGAUAUCGAGCGGGAUGCUGUCGCCCCGAGCCAGGACACGCGCAUUACCACCGAGUACGGAGUCAAGCAAGGCAAUACCGACGACUGGCUCAAGGCGACCAACGGCGACACCAGUGGCCCUUCGCUGAUUGAGGACCACUUUGCUCGUGAGAAGAUCUCCAGGUUCGACCACGAGCGCAUUCCCGAGCGUGUUGUUCACGCCAGAGGCGCCGGAGCAUUUGGAACUUUCCGCUUGAAAGAGAGCGCCCAAGACGUCACGCUUGCACCGGUCCUCAAUGAUACGUCCCGAGAGACUCCAGUCUUUAUUCGCUUCUCGACUGUGCAGGGCAGCCGAGGAAGCGCCGACACGGUCCGCGAUGUUCGUGGAUUCGCUGUCAAGUUUUACACCCAAGAGGGAAAUUGGGACAUUGUUGGCAAUAACAUCCCGGUCUUCUUCAUCCAAGAUGCCAUCAAAUUUCCUGACUUUGUCCACGCCGUAAAGCCAGAGCCACACAACGAGGUGCCCCAGGGACAGUCGGCACACAACAACUUUUGGGACUUUGUCAACCUUCACACCGAGUCUACUCACAUGUACAUGUGGGCCAUGUCUGAUCGUGCCAUCCCUCGAUCGUACCGCAUGAUGCAAGGGUUCGGCGUUAACACCUUUACUCUCGUCAACAAGAACGGCGAACGCCACUUUUGCAAAUUUCAUUUCACGCCACACCUUGGUGUUCACUCCUUUGUCUGGGAUGAGGCCCUGAAGCUCGCCGGACAAGAUCCCGAUUUCCACCGCAAGGAUCUGGCCGAAGCCAUUGACAAUGGUGCGUUUCCAAAGUGGGAUUUUGGUAUUCAGGUCAUUCCCGAGUCCAAGGAGCACGACUUCGACUUUGACAUUCUUGACGCUACCAAAGUCUGGCCCGAGGAUCUGAUUCCCGUCCGCAACAUUGGAGAACUCGAGCUCAACAGAAAUGUCGACGAGUACUUCCCACAAACGGAACAAGUUGCUUUCUGUACAGCACACAUGGUUCCUGGCAUUGGUCACUCUGAUGAUCCUCUGCUCCAAGGCCGCAGCUUCAGCUAUUUUGAUACGCAAAUCUCUCGUCUUGGCAUCAACUGGCAAGAGUUGCCCAUCAACCGGCCAGUCUGCCCGUACAUGAACUUCAACCGCGAUGGACAGAGCAGACACCGCAUCAGCAAGGGAACUGUCAACUACUGGCCGAACCGCUUCGAGGUGAAUCCUCCUGCCAAGCCUCAAGAGGGCGCCUACCCCGAGUAUCCACAGAAGGUCUCGGGCAUCAAGCAGAGGACCCAGGGCAAGAAGUUCAGAGAGCACUUCAAUCAGGCACAACUGUUCCUCAACAGUCUGUCGCCACCCGAGAGGGCUCAUCUCACUAGCGCUUUUGGUUUCGAACUUGAUCAUUGCGACGAUCCCAUUGUAUAUGAGCGCAUGUCUAUGCGUUUGGCUGACAUUGAUCUCGACCUUGCCCAGGAGGUGGCGACAAUGGUUGGCGGACCAGUGCCUGAGAAAGCAUCGAGACCAAACCAUGGCAACAAGGCGCCCAGGAUCUCGCAAACCGAGUUCCCGGCAAAGGUCCCAACCAUUGCUAGCCGAAGAGUUGCCAUCCUUGUUGCUGAUGGUUAUGACUCAAUCGCGCUGAACGGAGUCAAGGCUGCCUUGACAGCAUCAAGUGCGCUACCAUUCAUCAUUGGACCCCGACGCGCAGAAAUCUUCCCCGCGGGUUCCGACAAGAAGCCUGGCAGCGGUAUCAAGGCCGACCACCACUUUGAGGGUAUGCGAUCAACCAUGUUCGAUGCUGUCUUUGUCCCUGGUGGUGCCGACUCUAUCAAGGCAUUGUCUACCAAUGGUCGCAGUCUGCACUGGCUUCGUGAGGCUUUUGGUCACCUGAAGGCUGUUGCCGGCAGUGGUGAAGCUGUAGAGCUCUUCAAGAUUGCUUUUGGACUACCCAACGUUUCCGUCUCAGAGGACCACCAGGUUGUUGAGUCAUAUGGUGUUGUCACCAUUGCCAAUGUGACACCGGAGCAUUUCACCGAAACCGUACAGAUUGCCAAGGAGGGUACACAGUUCCUUGAAAAGUUUUGGUACCAGAUCUCUAACCACCGCAACUGGGACCGUGAGCUGGAUGGCUUGAGCUCACAGGUCGCUUACUAA